UCAUCACUCAGAAAUCACUUUCACUUUCUCAUUUGGAAACAGUGAGUUGACUUUGUCUGUAAAUGUUGUCUUUAGUUGUUUAUCAUGUUUGUUUUUAUGCUUAAAUUAAUUUUAAAGCUUCUAACUACUUAUAAUGUUAAGAUCUGCCGCUUUAUUUUACUUAAUUAGUUUUGUAAUUUUAUAGACUACAUGUUAAACUUAAGUCCCUCCUCACUGUGCCUCCUCUCUUUAUUCUUUGCUUUUUAUUAAUAACAAAAUGUUAGAUUUAUGUUUAUAUAUAAAUUAUUCAAAACCAAAAUGGGUAAAAUAAGUGGGACCUCAUUCCUGUAAAGGGCAGAACAUCAGGAAAUAGAACAGUUGUACUCAAAGAUCAGCGAUUAAUUAACUUACCUGUUUGUUUUUUUUUUAAAUCUGACAUGUCACAAGAACAUUUAGGCUCCGCCUCUGUUAUCAGUAGUUAUUCUGUAGUCUAAUAAAACUGUAUUUUCAGAAAAGCUGACUCGGUGAUCCUGAUCCUGACUCUAGAGGACCUGAAGGAGCGGCUUUCUGGAGUGUAGACGCUAAAACUAACGGACCAUCUUUGAAAUCAUUCACUAGCAGGCGGGUGUCGGUGGUUUGUCUUAGUGACAAGAUAAAAACACAACGGAUCAGCUGGAGCUCGUCGUAAAAUGGGAACGAACAGCAGCCAAAUUUCUUCAUCUGACACCAAUGCUGACAUGAUGCCUCCUAAGAAAGAAAAGAAGAAAGAACAGGAGAAUGAACAGGAGAAUGAACAGGAGAAUGAACAGGGGAAAGAAAAGAAGAAAGAAAGGAGACAGCCUUCAUUGAAAAAGAAAAGAAUGAGCAUCAGGAUUUCAGAGCUCAGUUGUUUACCAAAAACCUCAGAAGUGAGGUACAAGAAGACGGUCUGUGGUCAAACCUUUGGAGCUCAUGAUCAGAUUUUGGAGCAAAUUCAGACUCCAGGUUUAAAUAUGGAAGAGAGAAAUGAUGAAGAAAGAUGCAUCACCAUCCUUUUCUGUCCUGUUACAUCUCAACCAGAGACAAAUGCUGAAGCAGCCAUGAGGACGGUUCCAGGUGAUGAUCCAGUCAUUUUGGUUUUGAUGCAUUACUCCCAAGAACCCAAAAAGAUUUCCCCCACAGGAAUAUCACGUAACUUCUCAAACCUUGUGGUGGAGGUCCAUGUUUUCUACCAUGACAGAAAGAACGGCUUAUUGAGGUGUGAGCAAAAUGAAAUUGCUAUUAUGCAGUUAAAGAAAGAACUGAUGAAGCAUCGCAGAUUACAACGCUAUGUAAACUAAGCAACAGUUCUCCUUAUGCUUCUUAUGCACUAAAUUCUAUUUUAAUUUCCUUUUUUUUUUUGCUUCUUUGAUUCCCACGGUACAAUACUGCACUAUACAUGCACAUGUUUUUUUCAACUUUUUUCUGGAUCAAGUGUCUGGCUUUACAUACUACCUCUGCUACUGACACAUUUCAUGAACAAAGCGUAACAUUUUCUAAGGACAUAUAUUUUGAUAUUUUUCAGAGGGUUUUAUUAUUUUCACUUUCCUAUCCAGCAGCUGCACAAACCGAUCAGAGCUGAAGGUCUUUUGUGUUGGACAGAUUUUAUUGUUAUAAUAAGACGUUAUGAAUCUUCUGACACAUUAGGCCUAUAUUUAUAUUAACCUUCUUUUUAUUUGAGGCUAAACUUCAUCUUUUGUUUGCUUACAUUUCUUGAACAGAAAAGAGAGAAAAAGGGGAUAACAGGACAAAAGGAAGAAAGGAAAAAGGGAGGGGGGUUGAGGAAGGUAAAUAAGUAUUCCUUAAAAGGAACAGUAAAUGAUAGAUUUUCAUUCAUUUCAUUACAUUAGUGUUUUAAUUAUGAUUAAUAUAUUUCAAAUGCAUGUUUGAAAUAGUUUGGGUGGCUAAAGAAGUAAAUCUCUCAGAAUAAAGAAUGAUUUCUACUUGUGUUGAUUGUAGACUAGUUUCGUGAUGUUUUCGGUCAUGUUUUGUUUUGAAUUGUCCCUGUCAGUCACUCCAAGUUCAUAUUAAUAAUACUGUUAAUAGUCCUUAGUUUAUAUAGGCGUCUUGUUUUCUGUUCUUCAUGGUCAGGUCAUUUGAUUUGUCACCCUGUUGUUUUUUUGGUUUUUUUUUGGUCAUGUUUUGCUUUAUCAAUUAAAAUGUUCAAGUUUCUGCCUCCAAGCCUGGUCUGCAGCACUUUGUAUCCUACACCACCAGUUUCUGAUUUUAAAAUAUUCCCCCUGUAAGUCUUUGCGUUCUGCGGACCAGUGUUUGUUACUGGUUCUGAGAACCGAAUGUAAAUUCCGGGGAGAUUGUUCCUUUUCUGUUCUGGCUCCUAAACUGUGGAAUUAGAGAGGUCACACUUUUAGAGAGUUUUAAAGCUAAACUGAUCUUCCACUAUCAUGCUAUAGUGUCUGCCUAGCUGUUUUUUAGCAUGUAAAUUUUAAUUUCUUUUUAAAUAAGAUUUUAUAUAUUUAUUUUUUCCUUGUUUUUGUGAUUGUAAUGUAUUGUGUUUUUUGUGUACAGCACUCUGGGCCUCCAUAGCUGGUGGUGCAAGGUGCUUUAUGAAGUUUAAAUUAACUUCAUUAAAGUUCAUAAUUGCACUUUUUGUGUUUGUUUAUUGUAAAAUUAGGAUUUGUCAUCAGGAGUUUUCGGUUCAUUGAUCGAAUUUUUUAUGGUUUUUCAAGCAGAAUCUUAGGUGAGCUAAUAUACUGCUCACAAAAAUUAAAGGACCCCUUUAAAGAAACACAUUAGAUCCAUCAGAUCUCAAUAUGACGUUGGAUAUCUAUACAAAUAACGACAGGGCAGUGUCUUAGGAACAAA